UAGAGACACCUGCUCUUUAUGGAUUGUUUACGUUUAGGCACAGAAGUUCGGUGAAUAUUUGUAAUCAUUUUCCACCGGCCGGUUGAGCAUUUAUAAACAAAUAUGGAGAGGUUUGACAAAGAACCAGAACAGGGAGGGAGAAUGUGCUGGUUUACUGCACUGGUUCUAGCUGUACAGAUUUUAGGACUAUCAGCAGUAAUUAUUGUGGCUGUGUGGAUGGGACACUUCAGGGGUGGAUUUGCUUGGCAGAGUGAUCCAGCAAAAGAAUUUAAUUUUCAUCCAGUGUUCAUGGUGAUUGGGAUGAUCUUUCUGUAUAGUGAUGGUAUUCUUGCUUAUAGAGUGUUCCGUAAUAUGAAGAAGCUGUAUAUCAAGAUCCUUCAUGGACUGAUACAUCUUGGGGCCCUGAUUUUUUCUGCUGUUGGUCUAAAGGCAGUAUUUGACUCUCACAAUCUGGCCAAAAAUCCUAUACCAAACAUGUACAGUCUCCAUAGCUGGAUGGGCAUUAUAACUGUUGUGUUGUUUGGACUCCAGUGGUUAAGUGGACUAACAUCCUUCCUGUUCCCUGGACUAAGUAUGGGUCUGAAGAAACAGUACAUGCCUCAUCAUGUGUUCUGGGGUAUUGCUAUUCUAACAAUGGCUGGAGCCACAGCACUCAUGGGAAUAACAGAAAAAGCUCUCUUCAUGAUGAAAACAUUUCCAGAAAAUGGAAGUAAAAUACCUGUUUUAGACUAUUCUCACAAACCACCAGAGGGAAUUCUAAUGAAUUGUUUAGGUAUCGUGAUUGUUACCUUGAUAGCAUUGGUGAUCUACAUAGUAACCAGACCCGAGUACAAACGUGAGCCGUCACCAGAUGAGGAGCAUAUAGAACUAGUUAACUGACUGGGGUUGUCUGUCCCUGGAUUGGUCAUUAGGAAAUGUUGUAGGAGGCACUGUAUAUGGCUGCUGUUUGCUUUGAUUACUGGAUUAAUUCUUUUACUUUUGAUACAGAAUAACUUUGUCUAUAAGUUAUCUGACAGUGUGUGAUGUUACAUGCUUUGGUGCUAUAGUAACCUGAUCAUUAAUCUAUUUUGCUUAUGGCUCACAAAAUAUAAAAAAAAUCUCAAACACAUAUAAGAUAAAUAGUUUGCUGUUUAGGACAUCUUGCAACAUUUAAAAAAUCGAUAUUAGACAUUUCAUGUGUAAAAGUACUUAUCCUGACAAAACUUGACCUUUAUUUUUUUUAACCAAAUAUGCAGUUAUUAUCUUAAAGGUGGCUUUCCUUCAUGGAUAUAAGACUAUAAAUUUGGUGAUUCAGAAGCACUUUUCUGGAUUUAUCCUCCUCAAGCAUACUUAACUCAAAAUUUUGAAAGUCAAGGAUGUAUGAAUACUUGAAUGUGUAAGGGGAGCAUAUGACCAAAUAAGACCUGAAUAGCCAAACUCAUUAGUUAUAUAGAUGAUUUGGUUGAAAAUAAAAAAAACAUUGAAUAUAGAUACAUGUUACUGUCACUCUUUAUUUCAUCCUAUCUUGAUAUAAGGGUCAAAUAUAGGGUCAAACUAGAAUAUUUUGACUAGAAUGAAUAAUUUUGUAUUACACCAAUGCAUUAAUACAUUUAUAUUGAACAAGACUUUUUAUCUCAAUAUGGAUUUUAACCAGGCAUGUGGAAUAGACAUAUCAUUGAUAUUAAGCCUUUUUCAUGUUAAUAGUUUGUAAAGCAUUUAUGAACAUCUUUUGCUUCCUGGUGUUUGACAUGAGAAUUAUCGUUAUCCCUAUAAAACAGUUAAUUCUAUAUAAAUAUGUAUGGUUUAUUAUGUGGACAUGAUGUAGAUUUUAUUCUUUCUCAUAUACACAUUGGUAGAAAUAUUCAUAAUGUCAUUAUUGAUGCCAAAUGUAUGAUGAACUUUAAAGAAUGACCAGUCCAGGGGUUUAAAUGGUACAUUACUAUAGAUUUGAAAAUAGAAAUCUAUUUUUGUUGAGUGUUGUGUAAUAUAUUUUUGUAUGUUAUAAAGUUUUGUUAUAUUAUCAUGAUUUUAUUUACAUAAUAUUCUAUAGAAAUCUAGUAAUGUUUAUACCUGUCCAAUAACGCACUUCAUAAUACACAAUUACAUGAUACCCAAAUAUGUAUAAAUAGUAAAUGUGGUACCAGGUAGAUAUAAAAUUUAAGGGGGUAAACAGUAGUUGAAAAAAGUAUUUCAAUUUUUGCAGAGACAGAAAUAAAUAUAUAGGAACACUUUAUGGUCAUGACUGCAUGUCAGUGGUCAAUAAAUGACUGACAGUGCAUUUGUAUAACAUUUUGAGUAGAACACUUGACCAGUUCCUGUCUUUCAUUUCAUUCAAGUCAUUAUCUUUAAUUUACUUUGUUGAUGAAUUUUAACUUGACUGUAUUGGUAAUAGACAUUGUUUUAAUUACUUGAGGAGCAAAAUCUAAAAAUUAACUGUCAGAUGUUUACAUACUUAACUUUAAUGCAUCUAUUUUCAUUCAUUCAUUAUCACAUGAGCUGUGACAGCUCUUCCUCAUUUCUUGAAGUAAAAUUCAGAAAAGAAACAACACACAUGACCAUAGUAAAAUUAUUUAAUAUGUUUUUGUUUGAUCUUUUUUCGCAUCAAUAUUCUUUGACUUAUAUAUUACUACUGCUUGAUUAAAGAGGAUAUCAUACAAACAUUUUAAGGUCCUUAGCUAGUGUACAACAGACAUGAAGAAAAGAAUUUAUUCUAUGAUAAAAUUGAGAAUGGAAAUGGGGAAUGUGUCAAAGAGACAACAACCCGACCAUAGAACAGACAACAGCAGAAGGUCACCAACAGGUCUUCAAUGUAGCGAGAAAUUCCCGCACCCGGAGGCGUCCUUCAGCUGGCCCCUAAACAAAUAUAUAUACUAGUUCAGUGAUAAUGAUAAGAUGUUUAUUAAUAGUCAAAAAGUUGUAAACCUCCAAACAAACUGGUUGCAAAUUUUUUGCCAUUUUAAUAAGUCCCUUUUAUGUCUGUCCCACCUGAAACUAAAGUUGUGAAAGGUUACACAAAGCAUUCCUUUCCAAUGUUGAUGACUUCAUAAACUAUUGUGGAUAACUGUAUCUAAAUUGUAUAAAACAGUGUAACAGUGGGAAUUUCUAUUAUUGAAAUUCAAUAGAAAACACACCUUUCAUAAGAAUAAUUUACAAUGUGUCCUUCAGUUCUAUAAAGUUAUGUUGUUAUCUACAGUGUGUUAUCAAUAAACUUUCAUAUUGUGCAAUAUUUCAUAGUUCUUUUUCAAGAACUGCCUCUUUUUGUUUUUCGUAUUAGCAUGCCUAUAUUUUAUGUAAACACUGUCACUAGUUAGGUAGAAAAGUAUACUUUACUAUAUUACUGUACAAUUAGGAGCAGUGCUAUGUGUGUCAGAUUAGUAAAACAAAUUAUAUUUCCAUCUUAUUUUCAAGUAAGAAUUAGAAAGGAGUUAUUAUAAAAGCCAAUAUUAUAUAUGUAAAUCUUUUUUGUCGAGCCUUCGACUUUUGUCGAAAAAGCGAGACAUAGCGAUCCUACAUUCCGUCGGCGGCAGCGUCCACAAAUAUUCACUCUGUGGUUAAAGUUUUUGAAAUUUUAAUAACUUUCUUAAACUAUCCUGGAUUUCUGCCAAACUUGGACAGAAGCUUGUUUAUGAUCAUAAGAUAGUAUCCAGAAUUAAAUUUUGUAAAAAAAAAAAUCCAGUUUUUCCGUAUUUUACUUAUAAAUGGACAUAGUUUUUCUGCCAGGAAACAUUACAUUCACUCUGUGGUUAAAGUUUUUAAAAUUUUAAUAACUUUCUUAAACUAUCCUUGAUUUCUACCAAACUUGGACAGAAGCUUGUUUAUGAUCAUAAGAUAGUAUCCAGAAUUAAAUUUUGUAAAAAAAAAAUCCUGUUUUUUCCGUAUUUUACUUAUAAAUGGACUUAGUUUUUCUGCUAGUUAACAUGACAUUCACUCUGUGGUUAAAGUUUUUUAAAUUUUAAUAACUUUCUUAAACUAUCCUGGAUUUCUACCAAACUUGGACAGAAGCUUGUUUAUGAUCAUAAGAUAGUAUCCAGAAGUAAAUUUGUAAAAAACAAAAUUCCAUUUUUUCCGUAUUUAACUUAUAAAUGGACUUAGUUUUUCUGCCAGUUAACAUGACAUUCACUCUGUGGUUAAAGUUUUUAAAAUUUUCAUAACUUUCUUAAACUAUCCUGGAUUUGUACCAAACUUGGUUAGAAGCUUGUUUAUGAUCAAAAGCUAGUAUCUUGAAGGAAAUUUUUAAAAAUUUUGUACCUGUUUAUCAGUAUUUUACUUAUAAAUGGACUUAGUUUUUCUUCCAGUUAACAUUACAUACAGUCUGCAGUUAAAGAUUUAAAACAUUUAUUAGAUUCAUAAACUAUCCUGGGUUUUUACCAAAUUGGGACAGAAGCUUCUUACAAUCAAAAGAUUGUAUCGAAAGUAAUAUUGUUAUUAUUUUUUUUCCUCAUUUUUGUUGAGCCUGCGAUUAACAGCAAAAGUAGGCGAGACACUGGGUUCCGCGGAACCCUUACGAAUUUUUUUUUACUCUGUCCAAAAAACAUAGUGAUUUUACUGCCAAAUUAGAUAAGUAUACUAUUCAAUUUGAAAAUAUUAGAUUGUUAUAAAUUAGGUAUUUUGCGUAUAUAUUUCUAGCUUUUAUUAUCACAAACAUUCACGGAGAUGAUAUAACACAUUAUCUGUCACACUAUUAAAUUUGUUUACACAAUAUUCUACAGUACGAAAAGGUCAGAUUCCAAUUUUUUUGGGCAUGUAGGCUGUAAAUAUGAAUAUAAUUGAUGAGUAUUUUAUGGAUGGAUUUUUGUGUUUUGUUGAAAGAAAGGAUCUCUUUCAUGCAAUUGCUCCUGUAAAAUAGGACCAGAUUUUAAUUAUGAUUUGUAUGAAUAGUACUGAUACAAAUAUCUACGAUGAUAAUCAAGAUCUAAGGAAUUGAACAAACAUUUUUGUGGAGGAAUCUAAGAGUUUGCUGAUGAGGAGAUUGAUUUUGAAAAUUUAUUUUCACUUACAAUAUAACUUUAUUGAAAAUUACUGGAUAAUUUUAGAUCUUGAAAAGUUCUUAACAUUAUGCAGCAUGAAUGUUUAUUCCGUCAUUUACAUAUAUAAUUAAAAUCAUGAUAGUCUACCCAGGCGCUGUAUACAUUUAAAGGAUAUAGUAUGAAAAUUAUGAAUUUUAAAACCUUUCCAUAUUUUAAUGUGCUUUAUAAGCCAAAAAUAAAAAAAUAUUUAAUAUUUUAGAGGCUAUGAAAUUGUGCAAAUGUGAUAUAUUAUACAUGCAUUCAUGCACUAGGCAGAGCUUUGAUUAUUCAUGUUACAUAUUUAUAACAAUAUCAUAUUUUGUUAAUUUAUUUUUGGGGUGUUUAUUUGUACUACAGUUAGCUGUGGGUUAUUGAUUUUUGAGGUAAAUCAUUCUUUAUCAGUUAGGCUCAUUACAUUAAUGUCAUUCCACAUAUUUUUUUAGUUGUUACUGUUAUUAUAUUAAAAUACUACUGUUGUUAUUAUAUAUUGUGAUGCAUGCAUGUCAAUAAACUUUAAAAAAGUUCUUAA